GGUGGUUCUCGAUGGUAUCUCGGCCGAUAUCAGCCGGUGGUCCUCUGAUGUUUUGACCAAAACCGACAUGCUGCAUCGCUUGUCCCGAAUCACCUGCCCCAAACGGGCUGUGCGGCGCCACAUGGCUGCGUCGCCCCAAGUGCGCCGAUUGGCCCGCCGUCUCCUGGCCUUGGCGGCGCCUUCAGGCCCCCCACCCGCCCGCUCGCUGCCUCGCCUCGAUCGCUCUCCCAUCCGCCUACUUCCCCUCCCUGUCCUGGUCCUCAUCUCGUUCCAACCCGCCUCGACCGGCACACCAAGCACACCAAGCACAUUGGCUCUGGCACCCUCGUUCGUGCAGAGAAAUCCAGCCGCUCGCUCGCAAUGCCCUCGCUGAACGCAUCCGAGCGAUCUCUCGUCAACUCCACAUUCGGCCGAAACGCCGUUCUUGCCUCUGCUGUCGUCCGGCGCUACAAGGCCCAUCCCAUCCCAACCCGAUGGACGUAUACCGGCCAGCGAGGCGCCCUCGUCCUGACUGCAGGAUCGCUCAAGCUUCUUGAUCUAGAUACGGGCGACAUUGUCUGGGAGACUUUGAUCGACAGCAGCUCGGACUACUGCGACGACGCCAACUUUUUCCACAGUUUUGCCUCUGCCGAGGACCGCUGCAUGGUGGGGUUCUGCUUUGCCCUCGAGAGCGAAGCCGCCGACUUUUUCAGGGCCGUUCAGGACGACAGCAGCCGCCAGAGCCCCGUCGCUCCGAGCCAGCUUGCUGCCCCAAAGCCGAGCUAUGCCCCUGUUCCUGCGCCUCGGCUUCCGCUUGCCCCCAAAGCCACGACACCCUCUCCGGCAGCGAACGUCAUCGAUCUCAAGCCCAUCGAACGCUCGGUCUCGGCGCCUCCCGUCGAGAGCAAGGAGGAGGAGACAAAGAGCCGAGGCUUGCUCUUUGGCAUGGGCAAGUCCAAGUCGUCCAAGGGCUCGGAUAAGAAAGACAAGUCCUCGGGCAAGUCCAAGAAAAAGGGCGCAAUCACCAAGGACAUGAUCAGCGGUCCUACGAACUUUGAACACAUCUCCCACGUCGGAUACAACACCAAGACCGGCUCGUUCAAUGCCGAGAACAUUCCCGAGGAGUGGAAGAUUAUCUUUGCCAAGGCGGGUAUCUCGGAAGAGUCCCUCAAAUCAGAUCGCUCGAUGCAAAAGUUUGCCAAGAAAUUCAUGCGGGACAAUGCCGACUUGGUUGGUAAAGUCCAGAAGAGCGGACCACCACCUCCGCCUCCGGUGAAGUACAAUGGCGGUAAGUGCAGCCUUGGGCUGGAAGAGACCGCUCCUCCACAUGCAUGGAUGCCAUCAACUAACGCUACGAGCUAGCAAGCCUGUGCACCACCACUAAUUCGUGCUUUGUCGCCCUCAGUCGAUACGAGCUUUGCUCGACCAGGUCCUCCAGCUGCCGGGCGGAAGCCGCCGCCCCCGCCCCCUCCUUCCCGCCGACCUGCCCCUCCUCCUCCCCCAAGCCGGAACGCG